AUCCCUCGGCUACAUUCGUGCCAUCGAUUUCAUUGAUUUCUUCGAACUUUAUUCUAGCCUACAGUCGGCCAUGAUAUAUUUGUUUGGUUUUUAAAGCGAGAAAUUCUUUACAAUCGUAUUAGAAGCGAAACAAAAUGGGAGAUGCUGAGGGAAAAAUUAAAGCCGGCCAGGCCGUAAAGAGAUGUUGCGGCUUCCAUUGGAGAGGCAAGGCUACCGUCAUAAUUCCGCUGAUCACAUUGCCGAUACUGAUCUAUGGGAUCGUGGAGAAAAACUUGGCAUAUGUGUGCAUGUAUCUGGUGGCCAAUAUGGCGCUCUUCUGGAUAACGGAAGCCAUUCCUUUAUAUUUGACAGCUCUGUUUCCAGUUUUCUUUCUGCCACUGUCCGGUAUUUUGACUUCGGAAAAGGUGUGUGGCUUUUACUUCAGUGACACCGUGGUUAUGUUCCUGGGAGGACUGAUUAUUGCUCUGGCCAUAGAAUACAGCAAUCUCCAUCAGCGCAUCGCACUCAACACUAUUCUACUAGUGGGCUGCAGUCCGAGACGCUUGCACUUCGGAUUGGUCAUGGUGACUUGCUUCAUAUCGCUCUGGAUUUCAAACUCAGCUGCCACUGCUAUGAUGUGUCCUAUAGUCAAAGCAGUACUCAAUGAAAUGGAAGCUCAAAAAAUUUUUGCCAUUUACAAGUCGCAGGAAGAGCAGCCGGUGGAGGAGGGCGACCCCCCGCAUCCGUCGACCAUCUCGAUGGCUUUCUACUUUGGCAUCGCAUAUUCUUCGUCCAUCGGUGGUUGUGGCACCUUGGUUGGAACUGGCACGAAUCUGACUUACAAGGGCUUAUACGAUACACGGUUUCCCAACUCCGAGGAGAAGAUUGACUUCCCCAUCUUCAUGGCCUACUCCAUUCCGUUUGUAGUGAUCGUGCUCAUCUUCCUCACGUACUUCUCGCUGCAAGUCACCCACAUGGGGCUCUUCCGGCCUAAUAGCAAAAUUGGUCAGGAGGUGAAGAAGGGCACCGAGAGCCAAGACGUUGUCAAGGACGUAAUCAAGCAGCGCAAGUUGGAGUUGGGACCGAUGAGUUGCCAUGAGAUUCAAGUGGGUCUGCUCUUUGUGCUGAUGAUUAUCCUACUGUUUACCCGUAAGCCGGGUUUCUUUCCCGGAUGGGCUGAUUUUCUAAAUGCCAAAGCCAUAGGCAGUGGCCCGCCAGUAUUUUUCGCGACCAUUCUGCUCUUCGCCCUGCCCACACAGUAUACCUUCUUCAAGUACUGCUGCGGAAAGGCUCCUUUCCCAGCACAAGCGUUGGAUGCCUGUUUGUCGUGGGUCUACUGCCAAAAGUAUACCCCUUUUGGCCUGGCCUUUCUGUUGGGAGGAGGAUUUGCUUUGGCUGAAGGCAGCAGGGUAAGCGGAAUGGCCAAGAUGCUGGGCGAGUCCUUAUCAUUUGCUGCUAAAAUGCAUUCCGUUCUCGUUAUUUCCAUGUGUAUUAUAAUCUCCCUAUUCUGCACUGCAUUCGCUUCCAACGUGGCCAUCUGCAACAUUCUGAUCCCGAUCUUCUCGGAAAUGGCCCUGGCCAUCAAAGUGCAUCCCAUGAAAUUGACUUUUCCUGCUGCCCUGGCCUGCAGCUUGGCCUUUCAUCUGCCCGUGAGCACCCCACCUAAUGCAAUUAUAUCAGGCUUUACGGGUUUGAAGACAAAGUACAUGGCCAUCGCUGGGGUUCUGCCCACAUUGUGUUCCUUUAUAUGCCUGCUGUUCACCGGAACCGUGUGGACCAUGCUGAUCUAUCCGGGGACGACGGAAUUCCCCAAGUGGGCUGUUUAGGUCAAAUUAUGUAGUGUCUGCAAAAAUAAUCCAUAUCUACAGGCAUAGCUUGAAAGAUUAAAGUAGUAAAAAAUUUCUGGUAUCCCCAAUAAUAUUUCUGUCAAAUCAAAAGAACGGGAUUUUUCUUUUGGCAGCAAUUUUGUUGAGUUGUAUGCCGUGUUUAGCUAAAUUUUUAGGUGUCUGCACAUUUCUCAGUCCAAGUAUUUUGUUUGAUGGCUAAUAAAUAAAAAAGCCCCCAAUUUGCGGCAAUACAACUACA